AUGGCACGCAGCCUGGCAAGCGCACGCCAGGGGUCACGCGUCCUAGGCUACGGAGCUGUUGAUGUGCGAGAUUUCGAUACCCUUCAAAAAGCCGUAACAAGUUGUGUGAAGGAGCUUGGGAGUAUUGACUUUGUCAUCGCUGGAGCGGCAGGAACAUUCCUCUCGCGAAUUGCAGACAUGUCUCCAGGUGCUUUCAAAUCAGUCAUAGAUAUUGAUCUUAUUGGUUCCUUCAACACACUGAAGGCCACCCUUCCAUAUCUGGAAGAGUCUGCUGCAAAAUAUCCCGCAACAGGAAAUGCCACACCAAAAGCCGGCACGGGUGGAAGAAUUGUUUUCAUUACUGCGACACUCCAGUAUCAAGGGACGGCGCUUCUAGCACACGCCUGUGCAGCCAAGGCUGGAGUUGACACGUUGUCCUCGAUAGCCGCCAUUGAGUAUGGCCCACGGGGCCUGACCUCCAACAUCAUAGCUCCUGGGCCAAUUGGAGAAACAGAGGGAGUCAAGCGAUUGGAAUCCGCCGAGGGUUACAAUAAGUCGGUCGCAACGAUUCCAAGCGGCCGAUUUGGCACAGUGAAAGAGAUUGCGGAUGCAACAAUUUAUCUUUUUAGUGACACAGGCAGCUAUGUCAAUGGCGCAACUCUGGUUGUGGAUGGCGGCGCUUGGAGAACACAAGGAGGUGCUAACAAGAAUGGAGACUACCCCUAUCCGGGAUACUAUCUUUCAAGUGGUGGUCCUAGAAGCCCAGUUUCGAAGCUAUAA